AUGCUUUCAAGAAGUGAUUUUGAGGGUGGACUACCUGUUUACCGAAUACUACCUAGAUUGAGUGGUAUUGCACGAGUACGAUUCAGAUUCAGAAGAAGGUUUCUCGAUCGAUACAAUAGCGCUCAUGGUUUUUCACUUUCCUCUUCUGAUUUUUUUGGUUCUGCUUCCCUUUCUGAUCUGAUCUUGUUCACCUUGGUGGCAGGCGUCGUCGUAUCCCCCAAUCAGCAUUUACUCGUCAUCCUGUUCGCUCGACUCGCCGUUGAUUCGUACCUCCGAUAUUCUGGCUGCUUCAGAGACAUUAUGUAUGGGAUCUUGAGAUUGAGGCACAAUUGAGGAAAGUGUGAGAUU